AUGUUGUUGGUGCUUGCUUGCUUGUUGGAACUAGCUAUUCGACUCAAUCCUCUGAUCAAAAAUUGUACUUCCUCAGUGAAAAACUCCCAACAUUUCAUAUCCAUUAUAAAAGAUAUUCACUUGAGAGAAAAUGAAGUUAUGGUCAGUUUUGAUGUUACAUCAUUGUUUACUAAUGUUCCGAUAAUAGAAUGUAUUGAAGUUAUAAAGUCACAAUUAUCUACCUCAGAUGACGACUCCAAAUUAUUGGAACUUCUUCAUUUAUGCCUCACAUCAGGCUAUUUUCUAUACAAAGAAAAAUUCUAUUUACAAAUAGAUGGGGUUGCAAUGGGUUCGCCAGUUGCUCCAAUAAUUGCAGAUAUCUGGAUGCAAUAUUUUAAAAUGAAGGCCCUAGAAACUUCUCCAAUAAAACCGGUUAUUUGGAAGAGAUAUGUUGACGAUACAUUUUGUAUCCUCAACAAAAAUGAUGUAGAUACAUUUCUUAACCACUUAAACUCUGUACACUCAAAAAUACAAUUCACCAUGGAAAUUGAAGAAAACAACACUUUAGCGUUCUUAGAUGUUAAAGUUAUUAAAAAUCAAGAUGGAACAUUAGGACACACUGUGUACAGAAAGAACACUCAUACUGAUAGGUAUCUGCAUGCUGCAUCUCAUCAUCAUCCAGAAUAUAUUGGCUCGGAAUAUAUUGGAGAGACCAAACGUUCCAUAUCGACACGCUUAAAUGAACAUAUAAAAGCAAUUCAGAAGAAUGAAGUAACAAAAUCUGCCAUUUGUGAACAUUUAGCGUACAAUACUGAUCACUUCAUAAGAUUUGAUCAAGCAAAAUCCAUUUCAACGGAAAGGUUUUAUGUGCCUAGAUUGGUUCGUGAGGCAAUUGAAAUUAAAAAGUGCAACAAUUUCAACAGAGACCAAAGUUUUAAUUUAUCCGGAGCAUGGGAUCCACUUAUCAACGAACUAAAAAAGAAACUUCAAUUCUGUUGUGUCUGGCUCUUAUUAACAGGGCACAUGCUAUUUGUGACCAAAACCAUCUCCAAGAUGAGUUAA